GAACUGAUGGACAGGUCUUGAUCAGGCUUUAAAAAGCAAGACGCUUGGUCUAACGUAUUCAUGUUGUUAUAGUGCAUAUUAAUAUCCUUCCUAAAUAUACUCUCCCUAAAUGCCUGCCUGGAGACAGUGAUGGGCUGGAUGAGAGGUAACAAGCUGAGCCUGAAUCCAGAUAAGACGGAGUUCCCUGUUUUUAACAAAUUGUUUAAAAACAUCUUCACAAUGAGUACAGCUGUGGAGCGAAAGUUCAUUAAUCUGAGGAAGCGGCUGGAUCAGCUUGGCUAUCGACAGCCACUUGGAGUGGAGAGUUUGCCUUUGGUGGAAAAGCUUUUUAGUGACCUCGUUCAUACAACUGAGAGCCUGAGGAGUUCAAAGUUAUCUGCUGGAAAAAUUGAAAAAGAAUUCAGCAACUUUGAUGUUGUGCUGGAACCUUAUCGAGAAGAAAAUUCUAGACUCACACGUGAAAAUAAUGAACUACACUUAGAGAUUUUGAAACUAAAGGAGCAAUUGGAUCAUCAAGUCAAAGAUUUGAAAGCCACAUUAAGGAAAGCAGAACAUGAGACUGCAGACAUGAAAUUUCUGAAUAACCAGUACACACACAAAAUUAGAGUAUUGGAGAAAGAAAAUAAAGCCAAGACUGAAAAGAUCCAGCAGCUCCAAGAGAAAAAUCUGCAAGCAGUGGUUCAGACACCAGGUGGUAGGAAAAGAAAUAUUCCUUUCAGGCGUCAACGUAUGCAAAUAGAUCAGCCAGUUCCUCCCUCAGGAACAGAUGCCUAUCCAAUUCCUCAGCCAGAUGACCCGUAUAUUGCAGAUCUUCUUCAAGUGGCUGACAACAGGAUUCAGGAGCUGCAGCUAGAAGUGGCUGACUUGCAAGAAAAGCUAGAGAUAGCUGAACGUGGAAUGAAAAAUUACAGCAAACAGGUUGAGCUGCGAGACAAUGAAAUUGAACGUUUAUCAGCAGCACUGGAUGGUGGUCGCUCUCAUGAUGUCAUAUCGUUAGAAGCCAAAAGCAGAAGUAGUGAAAAAAUUAUUGCUCACUUAAAUUUGCAGGUAGAACUUCUACAACAAGCAAACAGAGAACUUGAAAUGCGCAUAGAAGAUCUUUUAGACAGUAGAAAAAAUGUAACUAGUGAGGUAGUUCAUUUAAGCAAUACAAAUGAAGAACUGUGCCAAGAACUGAGUGAAAUAGAUCAUUUGGCACAACAGUUGGAAAGGCACAAAGAAAUGGUGCUUGAAACUGCAGAUAAAGAGAUUGGAGAGGCUAAGGAAGAGAUUAAAAAAAAGUACAGUGAAAUCCAGGAUUGUGAAGAGACUAUAGUGAGACUUAAGUCAGAAUUAUCUUCAUGUCGUAGAGAAAAAGAUAGGCUGACUGAAGAACUCUGUGAAAAAACAGAUGAAAAACAAGAUCUUGAGUUGGUGUUGAAUCAGGUUCAACAAGAGAAUCGCAGACUAGCCAAAAAGGUUGAAAACUUUGAACUUAUAGAUCGGGAGCUUGUUGUCGAACUAGAGAGAAUGAGGUUAGAGGGUGGCAUAGCACUAGGAGACAAGUCACCUUCUCGUCUAGAUACAUUUGUAAAGACUAUAGUAGAAGACAGAGACUACUAUAGGCGAGAACUAGAGUGUCUCCAAAAGAUAAUCAAACGAAGAUCUAGCCCAUUACACAAGUCUCCAGAAAAGAGUGAUAAUCUUAGACUGGUUACAAGAGAGAGAGAUGAACUGCAGUCUAUGCUAGAUAGAUUUGAAAAGCACAUGAUAGAAAUUCAAUCAAAUGUGAAACUGUUAACUGCAGAAAGGGACAAACUAAGUAUUCUUUAUGAACAAUCUCAGGAUGAAUUGGACCGUCUCCGGAGAGAAACAAACACUUGUUUUCUAACCCAGAGUCAAGUAGAAGAGGAGCGAAACAUUGCAUUGGCUGAUUUCAGAAGAGUGGUAGCAGAGAAAGAAGGGCUUAGGGAGAAAUCAAAGAUCCAGCAAGAGGAGUAUGCUUUAGAAAAAUUAAAAUUGGAGCAGGAAAUAGCAGAGCUGGAAAACACUAUUCAACGAUUGGAAACAGAACAGCUUCCUCAAAUAACUACAGUUUCAUUAUUGAAAGACAGAAUAGCCUGCUUAGAAGGUGAAUUAAAUGUCAAGUCUCGUCAGCUCUCCCAGACUUCUGAGGAUACGUCACAAUAUAAAUCAGAGUUGAGCUCACUUCAACUAAUCAAUGAACAGAUACAGAAGUCCCUAGAUGAAGUACAGCAUCAGUUGUCUGUCAAAGAGGAUAAACUUCAAUCGGCACAAGAAGACAUUUUGAUGCUUGAAGAUCAGCUAGGUAAAUUAAAUAGUAAGGGCUCUACACAGGAUGAGACCAUCAGUGUGCUCCGAAGUACUAUUAAUGUAUUGGAUAAGGAAAAGGACAGCCUUCAGGAGAGUGUAGAUGAAAAGACAGAGAGAAUUGCAUAUCUAGAUGACAAUUUAGCAAACAAGGAAAAAACUAUCAUCAAUUUGCGACAAACAGUUGUUCAGCUGGAGUCCUCCUUAGACCAAUUAAAGAGUGCCUCGAGUGGUAAAGACCGUGAAUUGGCUAGCCUCCGCCGCCAGCUUGAUGGAGCACACUCUGAGCUUGGAGAAACUGGGACGGUAAAAGAAAUGGCCCUGAAGGAAAACAGAAGACUGCAGGAUGACCUAGCCACAAUGGCCAGAGAAAACCAGGCAGUCUCAAUGGACUUGGAACUCUCCUUACGUGAAAAAGAAGAAUUGAAAAUUAGAAUUCACAAUUAUAUAACUGAAGUAUCCCGGUUUGAAAACUUAAUGGCUUCGAAGGAAAGGGAAAACCAGGAGUUAUUACAAAAGUUCCAGAUGCUCCAUAGCCAAGCUGAGAACUGGGAAGUAAAAGCCCAUCAAGCUGAAGGGCAAAGCAGCUCAGUACGACUGGAACUCCUCUCUAUUGAUACAGAACGAAGACACCUUAGAGAGAGAGUGGAACUACUGGAAAAAGAAAUUCAGGAGCAUAUCAUUGCCCACCAAGCUUAUGAAUCACAGAUUUCUUCAAUGGCAAAAAAUAUGGCCAGACUGGAGGAGAGUCUCCAACGUGAAAAAGAUGCAAAAGCUUCAGCAUCAGUUGAUAUGGUUUCUGUCAGAGAGCUGUGUGUGAAACUGGAGUCGGGCAAAGAACAACUGUCACGUCAGUUAACAUCCAAAUCUCUAGAUUUUGAGAAGGUUAUAUCAGAAUUGGAAGAUGCAAAAGCAGAAGCAGAGCUGUUAAAAAAGCAGUUGUCCAGUGAGCGACUUACAAUAAAAAACAUGGAAACACUCUUGACUACUAGCAGAGACAAGGAGUUUCAGAAUCAUUUGAUAACCCAUGAAAAAGAUUCAGAGAUACAGCUACUCAAAGACAAGCUAACGCUCUCGGAAAGUAAACUAACAAGUCUUAAUAGAGAAGUUUCUAUACUCCGGAAUAAACUUGCGCAGCUGCAGGCUGACUAUGAUAUUGGAAAAAGACAGCUGACGACAGAACGAUUUGAACGGGAACGUGCCAUUCAAGAGAUGCGUCGGCAUGGUCUUUCUACCUCUUCUCUACGUGCCUCAUCCCCACUUAGUUCCACAAUGAGAUCUUCUUCACAUUCUCCGGAGAGAGCACUUACAGGAACAGAACGAACAGACAAAUCAGAAGUGCACUUCGAGGUGUUGACACAGUUGAGUUCCAGCUUUUAAAGGCAUAAAACAAGGCAGGUUAGGAUAGAAAAGCUGUUAGAUGAGGAAACUGCAGUGUUCAGAGCAUAACUGCAGACUGGCAUGGACUUUUGAAGAAAAGUGUAUUUUAAUUAAAGACAUCAUUAAGAAGAACUGAAAAUGUCAUACAAUGAAGAUGGAAGACCCAAUCUUAAAUUUCGAUUGUCUACUUGGCUUAUAAUAUCUGUUGAAGCAUGUUCUUUUAAUAAAUAAAGGUGGUAUUAACUGGAAUGAUGAUUUCAGCAGAAGUAUCCUAGUUAAUUUAAAUAUAAGAAUUGCCAUUUAUUACUGUGUUUAAGGUAUUGAUGUCUCAUUAGCGUAAUGUCCCCUUUUGGACAUCCUGGACUAUUCAGACUGGAAGUAGCAAAAGAGAAAGUAAAUUGUAACGGUGUUCUUAAUACAGUAUGCCAUACCAGCCCUGCUUCAUGUGUUAGAAAAGAACCACAAGUAGCUCUUCUGCAAAUUUACUUUGAAUGUCUAAAUCAGCCCUCAGUGCUUGGUGUAAACUAUGGUGAUGCAAGGGCAGAUUCAUGGUAAACUUGUGAAGUGUUUUGUUAACAUUUAACAUAUAUAAAAUAACUGCUAAAUUAAGGAAGAUACUGCAGUUUUGUGUGUUAAGAAAAUGUGUAAAUCAUGGUACUUCCCUGAAUUAGAUACUGUGAAAUGCUCUAUUGAAAAACUUGUGUUUUUUAAUAUAUCUAUAUGCCACUGUAAGGUAGCAAAACACCACUGUCCUGAAACAGCUUCAAGAGGGUUUCCAUUAUUCAACUGGAAUAUUUUUGAGUGGCUUUAAAUAUAUGACACUCUCUCUUAUGGAUUUGUGGUGUUUGUUUUGUAUGUAAUACUUCGUAAGCAAUACAAAGUAAGCUCUUUUGUUCUAUAAACAAUGCUGCACUAUUUUUAAAAUUAUAAAACGUGUGAAGGACUCUAGGUGGCCGAAUUAAUCAGCUACAUUUCUUAAUCAUGAGAAGGGACCACUACAUUGCUGAGAGUUAGACAAAAAGCUCAGGAAAGUGCAAAAAAACCCGGUAGCUGCACUUUCAAGAAAGUGGUUUUCCACUCACAAAGUCCACUCUAGAAGGGCACGCUCUAAUCUUUUGACAUACAUCCCUACCUCAGUGUGGAACUACACAUGCCAACAUGUUGUAUUCAUGGUUCCUGCCAUUACAAAUCUUCAUCUCCUUCAACAGUACUCCUUAGAUUCUGUGGCAGAUGGAGUAAAAGGGGUUCCCUUGUGUAUUUGAAGUCUGCACUGGACAAGGGUGAACUCUGCUUCCACUUCAGCUGACUGGAAAUGGGAUGGAAUAUAUUCAAAUCCAUUGCAGACCGUGUCUAGUAUCCUCCUCUGGAUGUUGCCUCAGAUCUGCUAUAGUUUGUUUUUUUCCUCAGUCAACUCAUGCUUCUAAAAUUGGCCUCUCAACACAGUUCAGAAACCUCAGUUGGUCCACAAUACAGCUGAUAGGAUAUUGACUGGAGCUGGUAAAUUGGAACAUAUAAUAUGCUCCAAUAUAUACUGCCUACACUAGUUAACAGGACUUGGUCAAAGUGCUUCUUUUGACCACUAAAGCCUCAAUGGCCUAGGUUCAGACUAUAUUAAGAAUCUUCUCCAUCUAUAUGAUUCUGACUUAGACUUUGUUCUGUGUUAUCAGGAGGUACAGGGUAUUUUGUGUAAUGGCACUGAGACAGUGGAAUGACCUGUAAAAGAAAGGCCACCUGUCUUCAGUUGGCAGCUAUGACCUAUAUUUUCCAGUGGGCAUUUUUAGGCGUUACCUUUUAAAACAGCUCUUUGACUGUUGCUCUUUUUGCACUAAUUUGUACUUGUAGUUUUAGCUUAGUUUUGAGUUGAUAAUGGUUGAUGUACUGCUUUUAAUUUUUAUAUAUUUGCCACCUUGAAUAUUGUUGCAGAAAGGCAGGAUUUAAAAAGUGUUGGAAAUGAAUGAUAAAUAUGAAAAUGUAGAAAGAGAAAGUGGUACAUGGGCAUGUUACAGGAACCUGCAGCCAGGGGCGUAACUGUAAUAGGGCAAGGGGAGACAGUUGUCUGGGGGCCCGCCGCCUCAAGGGGCCCACCAGAGACAAAUCACAUGACUCCCCCACCUGCCUGCCCAGGCUUCAUUCGUUAUUAAUUAAAAUGGUUCUUUUUUUGA